UCCAACAUGGGGAUGCAGGGAAGGGAGGGUGCAGCUCCCACUUAAAGCUGUUGAUCCCCUCCCCCUAUGAUGCCACUAACUGAGCCAGCCUGUGCAAGGAAGCUGAAUUAUCAGCUGAGGAAUCAGCUUGGGAAAUGGGUCGUCAACGCUAGAUGAGAUGCUUGCCUCCAGUUCCUGUUUUUCAAAUAGCAAGUUUCAGGACCAAGGAUAGCACCACACACUCUGCGUCUAUUUCCCACCGCAGGCGCCACCUCAACGCAGCAGACUAAAUUCCGCCCCCGCUGGCAGCAGCUUCGAGAUUUGAGCGCUUCCUCUGACUAUAACACCAGGGACAGCGCCUUUUCUGGGAAAGCAGUCUUCUUCCUCACCAAAUUGCUAUCAUCACAGCUUCAGUCUCCCGUGUGGAGGAACAGCAUUGAGCCACGUUGGUGAAACAUGGCAACUGAGGUCCACAAUCUCCAAGAACUGCGGAGGAGCGCUUCAUUGGCUACCAAGGUUUUUAUACAGCGAGACUACAGUGAUGGGACCAUCUGUCAAUUCCAGACCAAAUUCCCCCCUGAACUGGACAGUCGGAUUGAGCGGCAACUUUUUGAGGAAACAGUGAAGACACUGAACAACUUCUAUGCGGAGGCUGAGAAAAUUGGGGGCAGCUCUUAUCUGGAGGGAUGUCUGGCCUGUGCCACAGCCUAUUUCAUCUUCCUUUGCAUGGAGACCCACUAUGAGAAGGUUCUGAAGAAGAUCUCCAAGUAUAUCCAGGAGCAGAAUGAGAAAAUCUAUGCUCCACGAGGGCUUCUGCUGACUGACCCAGUGGAACGGGGCAUGAGAGUUAUUGAAAUUUCUAUCUAUGAAGAUCGUUGCAGCAGUUCCAGCUCAGGCAGCAGCAGCAGCAGCAGUGCUGGGGGAGGUGGGGGAGCAGGGGGCCGGUGACUGGCACAAAGUCCCGG